AUGACCUGGUACAAAAAUCUUCCUCCCAACUCCAUCCACUCUUGGGCAGAACUCAAGAAGCUCUUCUCCAACCAUUUCACGGCCUCUCGCCGACAACCAAAAUCUGAAGCAACCCUCGAUGCUGUCAUCCAGGGUACCGACGAACCUCUCUGGGAGUAUCUCGAUAGGUUCAACAAAGAAGCCGUCCAAGUCCAGACGACUGACCAUAUGAAAAUGUAUCUCCUCGAACGAGGACUCCUCCCGGGGAGCGACUUCAAGAAGGCGAUCAAAAUUGAGAAAGUCCGCACCAUGGACGCCCUCCUCCUCAAAGCCCAAGCUUACAUUGCUUUCGAGGAAGGCGAAGCUGCUGUGAAGAAGGCUUCAAGAGGCAACGACUCCGCCCGCGGCUCGAGCCGGGGAAGCAAAAAAAGGAGAGACGACAGGCCCCGCGAUACAAAAGAACACGGUGGACCUUCUGGUCAUUUCAUUGACUACACCCCUUUGAACGCUCCGCGCGAGCGUAUUCUGCUCGAGUGCCAGAAUACCGAGUUCAAAAAAUACAACGUCAAACCCCCAGGGCCAAAUCCCACCAGGCCGGGAACUGACAAAUCCAAGUACUGCAAGUAUCACAAGAGGCACGGGCAUCUGACUGACGAAUGCAUACAUCUCAGAGAUGCCAUCAAAACUUUGAUCAAGGAGGGCCGUCUGUCUAAGUACACGAAGAAAGGAGAACCCCCUCGGAGAGAGGGACCGAGGAACUCCGACAACGACAAUUCACCGGACAGCCGACCGCUGGAAGUUGCUCUGUCUGUUACCCGACCAGAAGAUUUCAUCCCUUCAGUUGGAGUGGCAUCCGCUUUCAGCACAUGGGAAGGAUUCCCGACCGCGAUGGUCAUCUCCAACGGCGGGGAUUCGGGGUCACUCACGAUCAGCUCAGUAAAAAGAAAGUUUGACGAGCUGAUCACAGCCAACUCAGAUCUCGGCCCAACCCUCCAGAAGUUCAGAGGCAAAUCAGAUCCAAUCACUUUCUAUCUGGAAGAGCUCCCCGGCGGAGCCCCAAAUGCCACGAUCCCCCUGCUCGUUCGAGCAAGGAUGGCAAAUUUUGACGUCCGACGAGUCUUGAUUCACGAGGGGAUCUCGGUCGACAUCAUGUACUCCCAUCUCUUCAAAACCCUCAAGUUGGACGACUCCCACAUCACUCCAUAUGUAGGCUCCGACCUCCAGGGCUUCAACGGGGCAACCACCAAACCCUGGGGAUACGUCGAACUAAUUGUCACUUUCGGGGAAGGAGAAGCUUCCAGACAGGUCAAGACGCGGUUUCUAGUGAUCGACUUCAAGACCCUCUAUAACUGCAUCAUCGGACGCCCUACUCUAGCUGAACUCACGACCGUCCCCUCGACCGUGCACCUAAAGAUUAAGUUCUACACGAAAAGGGGACGAGUAGCCACCAUCAACGCCGACAUUGAAGCAGCCAGAAGGAUAUUCGAUGCGUCGAUGAAGGGCUUACAGCUAAUCGCUCCUCCCUCCAACUCCAACAAGAAACCAAUAGCCGACGACAAGCCUUCUCAAGAAGAUCUACAACGACCAUCCCACGUCAGCUCGGUCGACCUCGAUGCUCGCUUCACGAAAGAACUGAAGAACGGCGAAGAACCACAGCCUAAGACAGCUCACCCCGUCCGACCUAUCCCGGACGGCGAUUUCUAG